CCCGCCGCCACCACCGCUGCCACCACCCGCCACUCAGGAUGUCGGUACCGGAGCCCGCCGGCGGCGAGGAGGUGAAGCAGGCCAAGGAGGUGGAGGACGCCGAGAAAUAUUCCUUCAUGGCCACCGUCACCAAGGCCCCCAAGAAGCAAAUCCAGUUUGCAGAUGACAUGCAGGAGUUCACCAAGUUCCCCACCAAGACCGGGCGCCGCUCCCUGUCCCGCUCCAUCUCCCAGUCCUCCACCGACAGCUACAGCUCUGCUGCCUCCUACACAGACAGCUCUGAUGAUGAGGUGUCCCCUCGUGAGAAGCAGCAAACCAACUCCAAGGGCAGCAGCAACUUCUGUGUGAAGAACAUCAAGCAGGCAGAGUUUGGGCGCCGGGAGAUCGAGAUCGCCGAGCAAGACAUGUCUGCCCUGAUUUCACUCAGGAAAAGAGCUCAAGGGGAGAAGCCUUUGGCUGGAGCCAGGAUCGUGGGCUGCACACACAUCACAGCCCAGACAGCGGUGCUGAUCGAGACGCUGUGCGCGCUGGGCGCCCAGUGCCGCUGGGCCGCCUGCAACAUCUACUCCACCCAGAACGAGGUGGCAGCUGCCCUGGCAGAAGCUGGGGUUGCUGUGUUUGCCUGGAAGGGGGAGUCAGAGGAUGACUUCUGGUGGUGCAUCGACCGCUGCGUCAGCAUGGACGGCUGGCAGGCCAACAUGAUCCUGGAUGAUGGUGGGGACCUGACCCACUGGGUCUACAAGAAGUACCCCAGCGUGUUCAAGAAGAUCCGAGGCAUCGUGGAGGAGAGCGUCACCGGCGUGCACAGGCUGUACCAGCUGUCCAAGGCCGGCAAGCUCUGCGUGCCAGCCAUGAACGUCAACGACUCCGUCACCAAGCAGAAGUUCGACAACCUCUACUGCUGCCGGGAGUCCAUCCUGGAUGGCCUGAAGAGGACCACGGAUGUGAUGUUUGGAGGGAAGCAGGUGGUGGUUUGUGGUUAUGGGGAGGUUGGCAAAGGCUGCUGUGCUGCCCUGAAGGCCCUGGGAGCCAUUGUCUAUGUGACUGAGAUCGACCCCAUCUGUGCCCUCCAGGCCUGCAUGGAUGGGUUCCGGGUGGUGAAGCUCAGCGAGGUGAUUCGCCAGGUGGAUGUUGUCAUCACCUGCACAGGCAACAAGAAUGUGGUGACCAGGGAGCACCUGGACAGGAUGAAGAACAGCUGCAUUGUGUGCAACAUGGGCCACUCCAACACUGAGAUCGAUGUGACCAGCCUGCGGACCCCGGAGCUGACGUGGGAGCGAGUGCGGUCCCAGGUGGACCACAUCAUCUGGCCUGAUGGCAAGAGGGUGGUGCUGCUGGCUGAGGGUCGGCUUCUCAACCUGAGCUGCUCCACGGUCCCCACCUUUGUCCUCUCCAUCACAGCCACCACUCAGGCUCUGGCGCUGAUUGAGCUUUACAACGCCCCCGAGGGUCGCUACAAACAGGACGUGUACCUGCUGCCCAAGAAGAUGGAUGAGUAUGUGGCCAGCUUGCAUCUGCCCUCCUUCGACGCCCACCUGACCGAGCUGACGGACGACCAGGCCAAGUACCUGGGGCUCAACAAGAAUGGACCCUUCAAACCCAACUACUACAGAUACUGAAGGACCAUCCCCAUGCAGGACCAGAGCACACAAGGCAACAUUAGAGAUUGCUUUCUACAGAGCAGUUUUAGUUUGGUUUCCCUUCCUGGCUUUGUACUUUUUGGGGGGUUUGCCUGGUUGGGGUUUUUAAACCAGCAAAGGAAGCUGAUCUGACCUUUACUGAAGGGGCUUUAAGGUCACCUUUGGGGGCUUUGAUUGCUUGCUUGCUUGGUUGGUUGGUUGGUUGGGUUUCUUCUUUUGA